UGGCAGACCAGUCGCUAGAAAGCAAACGUUAAGAAGACACAAACAAACAAACAUUCUCCAUUGUGUUUACAAAGUCUUUCCAAAGGAUGCGCUGUCCAAUAAACAUAUUGUCACUCCACCAUAUUGUUUGUUUACUUUGUGAGCUGCUGCUGCUGCUCGCUGGCUGACGUCAGCACACAAGAAAGGGAAUGUGCCAGGCCGUGGAGUGGCGCCGGUGAGCCAGCGUGUGUACGUCACACUUAGACCACGCCCACCAUCCCGGCGCGUGCUUGUCGAGAAAAGUUCGCCGCCGCAGUUGAGGGUCGAGGAUGGACUGCAGGCGGUUGGCCUUCGUGUGUAUAGUGACGUACGUCCUGUCUGUCAUCGCCUACAUCGCCUACACCAGGCUCGUGCCCUACGACGUCACCCUCGUGCCUGCACCGGCGGCCGCCAGCAUCUCGCUGUUGCUGUCGACAGGAAAUCUCUCGUCGACUGCAAACACCACAAAAGUUUUGGCGAGUGCGUCAGGAGGAGAGCGCAGCACACCAACCCCCACUGCUGCACCUCCGUCCACAGGCCCCCCGCCUGCAGCGUCGUCGUCGUCGUGGUUGUGGUCAGCGUUUGCUGCGAACACCAGCGCAGCCUCGCAGGAUGGUGUGUGGCAGGCAGUGGAUGACAACUCCACCUUUGUGUACUCCGCGUACCACGAUGACGUCAGCACACCCGUCGUACGCGUCAUCGCCAUCGUGGCAGAGGGCCUGCAGGAUUCCAGCCCUCGAUGCCUCUACUUCGCUCGCUUCCCGCCGCCUCCAUCAGGGCCCUUCGCUACACGCACGGCGACAGUGCAGUUCGUCCCCGAGCCCAAGUGGGGCUACAAGUACCGGUCGGCAGCAGUCAUCUGCCCCCUGGAGGCGGGGGAUCGUCCCCAGGCUGUGUCCGUUGUGCCCCCCACCUGGAGGGAGUCUCAAGGCCAGCAGCCGCUCAACGUGGUGCACGUGCACUGGCGGACGUACAGCAGCAACCUGCUCCGCAACCUCACGCGCUGCAACCCCGCGCUGCACUCCAGUCUCACAGCCAGCACUCCCUUGGUGGAGAUGUUCACCUUCAACAGACAUUUUGGGACUGAGCAUUUCGUCAUGUACUCGCUGAAGGUGGGUGACCAGGAGCAACGUGUGCUGGACUUGUACAGGUCACGUGGACAGCUGGACCUGUAUCAGUGGAACCUGCCGGUGCCAGCCUCAGAUAUCCACUACUUCGGUCAGCUGGCAAACAUACAGGACUGCAUCUACCGUAACCUGCACGUGUCCAGGUUUGUCAUGUUCGGUGAUGUGGACGAGAUCCUGGUGCCGCGCUCGACAUCCAGCUUGUUGACGCUGGCGUGGAUGUGGUUGGUCGGUCGCCCCAACUGCGGCAGCCUGCAGUUCUACAACAUCUUCUUCCCGCUACAGCAGCCGGACACAGACAUACAGUUCCCCCACCGCCCCCUGGCGGAGAAGUAUCGCAUGAACACCUUUCUCAAGACACAAGCCAUGGCAACGGGCACGUCACGGCAGAAGAUGAUUAUUGACCCCACGCGCGUGGAGAUCAGCGGUAUUCACGACAUAGAGGUGUUCCGCCCCGGCUUCACUCGCUGUCGUGUCCAGCACAGUGAGGGUGAGAGCGAAGUCAACCAUUUAAAAAGAAACCAUCUACCUGUGGACACCUUUUUGCAUCGGUACACUGAUGUGAUUGUGACAGUGGCCAGUGAAUUGACUACUCUGGGGUACACGUGAACAUCGCGUGCGUCCUGCAGGUGGUCGUGAAGCCACACCUGUGCCGAGUCUUCACUCAGUGCCUUACACACCUUCUACACUCUCUCACUCUUUCACUGGACACUGGACUGACUCAUCAAUCAGCCGGUGCCCUGGUGUCGGACAUGAAGACACCUCACACUAUAGUGUCAGACUGACACACUCACCACCAUUGUGCACAUAGUGUUAUAUUACAUUUACAUGGUGUCGGACAUGGACACACCUCAUCAUCAUGGUGUCAGAUUGAGAGACACGGACACACCUCACACUAUGGUGUCAGAUUGAGAGACACGGACACACCUCACACCAUGGUGUCAGAUUGAGAGACAUGGAGACACCUCACCACAAGGUGUCGGACAUGGAGACCGCCAGACACACACCACGGCUACAGAGGUCGUGGCUGGCACCAGUGGCGGUCGUUUUCUGACAUUCUAUUUGUAGAGACCUGUGUCCUACACGACUUUUAAACUGUUUUAUUUAUUUAUUGUUACUUUGAUUAUUUUCCAUUGGACUGUAGUUGGAUCUGAGUGUGCAGGCACUGACCUUGUCUGUUGAACAGUGAAGCCUGUGUCCAAGUGUAUAAGUGUCCAAGUGUACAAGUGUAUAAGUGUCCAAGUGUACAUGUGUACAAGUGUAUAAGUGUCCAAGUGUAUAAGUAUACAAGUGUACAAGUGUAGUCUCGUUACUGUCAAGCACUUCCACAGUUCCAGUCCUGCUAGUACUGGACACAGAAGCUAUAAUAUAUUUACAUUUAAUUCAGUCUUUGAGGCCUUCUCAAAUUAAUUUCUGUGACUAAACGUCGGUCUGUCUGUCUUCUUUAUUUAGUUGUUUCCUUUUCUCUUUUCCUUCUCUCUCUGUCUCGCCUUCUGUCGUUCUCUCCGCUGUCAGUGUAACUAACCUGUCUCCACCUUGACGGACAUUCCCACAACUCCAUCAUCGUCUGCCAUGGCACUAGUCUCCCAUUGUCAUGAAUAUUUUGUGGGCAAUAAAUUAUUUCAUGCAGUCCAUCGUCACGUGAGGUGCCCCACUUGACAUGUCACGUGUUCACUGUGGUGUUCAGGUCGGGGUCACCUCGUGUUACGGGUCAUGAAAACUUCGUCAUCAAAUAAAUGUUUACUGUGAGAAUAUUA